AUGGUCGCGACUAUGGAGGUGGAUAUAGAUACCAACUACGAGAUGAAAGACCUCCAAAACUCGCUACGGAACGCGACUCUCGAACUCAGUCUCGAACGGAGUAAGCAUUCAGUCGAAGCGGUAGUCAAGGACGAAGAAAUCCGGAAGUUGCGAGUCGCCCAGUGUCUCCUGCAGGACGACAACAGCGACCUCCACGAACAACUGGAAGACGAGCAGGCACGCUCCGACGAACUAGAGGCCUCACUCGAAGAGGCCCUUGCGCAGUUGGACGAGCAACGGGCAGAGGCAGAGGCGGCACAAAACACCAUCCGCACUCAGGCACGGGAAGUCGCGAAUCUCAAGGCCGAACUCAAGGCUAUGGAAAACGUCACAUCCGACUCCAACAAGAUCCUCUCGGACAAACUCGCCCUCUCCCGCGAAAUCUCAUCAUUACGCCCAGAGGUUGAACACCUACGCGCCCAGGUCGAAGCGAAUACGGGUCUACUCGCUGAGAAGCUCGCGUUACAACGCCAGAUGACGACGCUCCAAGUCGAACUCGAGAACGAGAAGCGAACCUCCGCCCGUACAAUCGCGAAACAGGGAAAGAAGAUGGAACAAGACGAGGACCUUCGCAACGAGCUAGAGGAGGUGCGCAAUGAGCUUGCAACGGAGAAGAAGGACCGGAUGAAGGCUGAAGCUGGGCUUACAAAGGCGGAGAAGGCUAUGGAGAAGGUACAGGCCGAUCUGGAGUCGCAACAACAGGCCACCGAAAGUCUGCAGGCCAAAGUCGAGAGCCUGUCCAAGAAAGAGGCCAGCAAGGCUAGCAAGCGUAGUGAGGCUCAUGAGGCCGCGAUUGAACAACUUCGCGAGGAGUUGCAACAAGAGAAGGCUGCCCGCUUACAGGCAGAAAAGGCCAGCAAAGAUACCGCCACACGCGAUGCAGAGAUUGAGCAACUUCGUCAAGAACUUGAGCAAGAGAAGCGCGAGCGUCAAAAGGCAGACAAGGCGUCGAAGAAGGGUUCGCAACAACCAGAUGAUCAAGCCGAAGCCGCAAGGAAAGAGCUAGAGGAGGAGAAGCGUGAGCGCAAGAAGCAGGAGAAAGAAUACAUCAAGACUUUGGCCGAGCUCCAGGGUCGGAACGCUGUCCUCGACGACAAACUGAGUGCCUUCCGCGAGAAGCUACGAACAACAAAGGAGAAGCUCAAGGAGAAGGAGGCAGAGCUUGAAAGGGCAGACAGGGCACAGACUGCACCACCUGCUAAGAGUAUCGCAGCUGUGUCUGCCAAGCCCGCCGCAAAGAAUGCGCGAAAACGCAUGGCUGCUACUGCUGAGCCAGAGACUAUGUUGGGUACACCUGGAGACGGCUUCCCUGCGAAGAAGGCGAAGCGCGCCACUUCUGUCACAGCUGUUGGUGACACAUCUACCUUUUCUCUAACACCGUUCCUCAACAAGACCUCCAGUAUAGCACUCGGAAGUCCCAUCGUGGAAGAAGACGAAGAUGAAGAAGCCGAGCAACAGGUCGAUGAAGAAGCUAUCCAAGAGCAAGCCACCCCAACUGCGCCCCCCAAGAAAGCCCCGAAGAAGACCGCUGCUCUACCAAAAGUCAAAGCCCUAGCACCAUCAGCAUCCAGCAAGGCAAACGCAAAACCCCGCAAGAAGAACGCCGCUAUCCCAGCCCUCGAAAUGGUGUCUGAAGAAACUUCCGAACUUUCGCACAACACAUCCUCAAAAGGAGACGAAUCCGAGAACGCACACCCUGUUUCUGUCCCGACCAAGGAUUCCGAUGGGCCAUCGAAAAAGUCCUCCAAAAUGAAACCCCGUAAAUCCCUCAUGUCCUUUGCUACUUUCACCGAGGAACCCGCUGCUGAAAAGAAGAAGAAGAGGAAACUUGGUGCUAGUGCAGGAAAGACGUUGUUCGAUGCGGAGGAUGCGGAGGACGAUGCUGGUGUCCCGAGCUUGAAACCCGUGGGGCUUAGUAAAGGGUUGUUUGCGGCGAGGGCGUUGAGUAAGAGUGGUGUAGGGAAGCAGGCGAGACCGAUUAGUGGGGGGUUCAAUAUGAUGAGUGAGGAGGCUUUUACGUUUAGUCCGUUGAAGAAGGAUAGGAGGGGGGCGUCUAUUUUGAAGUAA